AUGUCAACAAAAAUAUGCAAGGCUGUAACUAUAUAUCGCGCAACGGACGAAUUUUCGAAACGCUUUGCCCGCUGGGUAGGCGCGACGAGAUGGCGGGUCAGUAUAAUUCGUUUGUUUAAGUGUUUAGGGUUUAUUUGUCUCUUAUUGUUCACCCUGGAGGAUGUUCAGUGUCAUUUUUCGCACAGGAAACAAGACCCUUCGCGUAAAUUGAAACAAAUCUGUCUGAUCUGUGUGAAUCUGAGUGAUCAUUCCACGGUUUGUGUGGAUUGUGUCGGUAUUCCGAACAACGACCUGAUAAACAUUGACAAAGUGCUGGAUGACUUCGAAUUCAACGAGGACGAUGGGCGAAACACCUGCAAGGGAACGAUUGGUAAUAACAGAAACAAAGAACACUACGCAAAAUCUUCCACUGGCAUGAAUUUACAAAAGCCCAAAGUAUCCACGGCGGAAAUGUUGUUCGGUAUACCGUUGCGCGAUACGGGUGUGAAGCGCUAUGCGAUGCGUGUCCGACCGAUCCACGUAUCCUGCGAGAGAACUAUCCUUACUUCAUCGAAUCGUUGAGGCAGAAACUAAUCCGCGCCUAUCCACUGGACCAGACGGAAAUCGAGGCAGCGACCGAUCCUGAGAACGGUGAACCGGUAGAGAAAGUACCACCGUCACCAGCGUCGCCGCAAUCCAUCAUUUACAUGUUCUACCCAGGAGAGUUCAACUGGAAAGAGGUGUUGCCCCAGUGCAUGGCGUUCUGUGUACUCUUCAGUAACGUCUUCUCGGUGCGCAAAAUCGAAGCCAUCCGUUCCCUGCUCAUGCUCGCUUCCUGUGCUGCGCUGACCGUCCUCGGGAGCCUCAUGGUGUGUUUUUGUGUUUUUGUUUGUGAUUUUUCGGAUUGUGUCUUUUCGGCCUUACCAUCAGCUUCCAGUCGAAGGGAGCCUAUCCGUAUCUGGUGAUACUGGUCGGGCUGGAAAUCGUACUCGUCAUUACCAAGAGCAUCGACGUAAAGUUUCGGCUGGCGCAGGGCCUCAGCCGGAAGGGGUGGUCGAUCACGAAGAUGCUGACAUGCUCACCGAGAUCACCAUCCUGACGGGCGGCCUGGCAACGUUUGUGCCGGUCAUUCAGGAGUUCAGCACCUUCGCGAUCGUGGGCCUCGUGUGGGACUUUGUGC